AUGGCCUGUUGCAGCGUGCCCACCAAACGGCCGGAUACCCAUCACUUCCUUGCCGAAUCCCUAAAGUCCAGUACCUGUGAGCCUCCCACGGAUCCGCAGACACGGAAAGACUUUGGAUUCGAAGCUUGUCGAGGCAAACAAGAGGAACGUCUCCUGUGGGCGAUCUACAAGUGCCUUCGCUGUUUUUUCGACCUCGACAGCGUCGUAGUCUACGGAUGGUUGAUUGCUAGGGGCACACCGCUGAUCGCCGAGGCCACCAGCAAGCAGUUUGCCAAGAUUCACCUUCUCGCAGAUGGCACAUACCCUUGGUGGUUUCGUUACAACAUUUGGUGUCUGAUACCCGAACAUGACAGAGAGGGAAAGCCCAUGUUGACUGGCCAAGACUUCGUCAGAGAGUGCGCGGUCAUGUCGCGGGUUUUCUGUCAGAUCUUGAUUGGCUGGGAAAGAGAUCAAGGGACGGGGUGGACUGGAAAUACUGUUAUGAACUACAUGACAGCUCGCUUAGAGGAAGGGGAUCGUCAAAAGACGGAGGUGUUCGAGGCGGCAGAACAACUUAGCCACUUGGGUUCCUACAGCCCGCCGAGGUGA